CUGCCUUAUCUCUCGCAUCAUGGCGUCUGGUGAGUGUUCCUUCUUCAGGCGAGACUACAACAAUACUUUCGCACAGAUCGUAAAUCUGUCGUUUAACCAGUAUUUCAUUCGAGAUGUUUCUUCGUCGUUUAUUUUCUUUACAAACAGAUAUUCUUGGUAAACAUGAAUAUCUAAUUAAAAGAUUAUCAGUAAUCGAAUCUCAGAUCGGUGUAUCUCGAGCGAAUUGAGCAAGUGCACGAGUAAAACUUGCGUCCAGUGACAAUUAACCUUGGAUACUAUCCAUGACACUAAAAUAAACAUGAUGAUAGAACAGAUGUAUAACUCGUUGGAUAAAAUAUGCCUGCGAUUCUAUCGACAGUAGUAUGAGACGUUGCGUUUCUAUUUGCUAGAUUCUUUAACUCAUUAAGAAGGUACUCUGAUUUAGAAUGCCAUUUUUGUAUAUUUUUUUAAAGAUCUUUUUGUAUUAUUUCUUGCACACAUAUUUGUUAACGCUUGAAGAAUAUUCAACGGCUUUUUCAAGUGAAAAUAAUCAUUAUUAGUUAUUAGUUGCUAGAUAUUAGUUAUCAAUUAUUUGUCAUUACAUGCAAGUAUUGGAAUAAUUGGUCAGAAUUGCAUAAAUGCAAAGGUAUUGAAGGACGUAAACAAAGUAAUUUAGAUAUCGUUUUGCCAAUGUAGAACAAACAUAGUAGAAUGAUAGUGUAUGUUAAACGAGAAGUAUGUUAAGUGUAAUCUAAGAAUUUUAAGCGUAUUUAUAAUAUAACAAUCAUUUUAGGUUCUUAAGUCCCUCAAAUGCUUUUAUACGAGUAAAUUGUAUGGAAUUUCGGUUCCAAUUUUUCCAUGGAACUGCGCCAAUAGAAAGUCGAAACUCGUCGCGUGAUUUCAAAUCUCGACCCGAAUAAUUGCGCUCCAACCUCAAGGAAUUGUGUUUUUUUUUUUCUUUCUUUGAUAACUUCCUGUUGGUAUCAUCCUCGAUGAACGUGCAUAACGAUGAUAAUACGACGUCGCGUGUCGCCGGCAAUUUUACGUUUUGUGAUUUACAAAAUUGAAAGAUAAAUAGUAGUUUGCAUACUUCUUAACAAUUUUUUACGGACAAUACUUUCCUUAUUUUUAGGAUAAUGGAAUAAUUGAGAUUCCUUUUAUUCGAGUGACUCUAUUACUCAGAAAGAUGUAGCGUUCUUUCGACAGUUUCGAUAUUCUGUUAGGUUGAUGCAUAUGAAAUAUCGUUUCCUCCAAAUUUGCUAUCGACGUAUUAAAAAAGAGGAAAUUCGCUAUAAAUCGUAUACGUAGGUAUAUUGAAUGUUAAGAAUCUUCAAAAUUUCUAAUAAAAACAUAAGAAUCUAACGAUUAAUCAUCAACAGGUCCAUUCUACGAAUGUUUGACCUGUAGAAUUUUUAUUUCCAAUUCUUACAAAAUCUGAAAUAAUGAAAUCAAUUAUUAUUUAGGAAAAUGCAUUGAAUCACGUGAAAAGUUUCUGUUUUCGUUAAACGCGUGAUCUUUUGAAAAUAUUACGUUAAAAUUUUAUGUAAGAAAAAGAAAAUUUCAUACGUAUCAACGUGGAAUUAUCCAACAAGUAUACGACGUUGUUUCAUUUUGAUAUAAACUGGUAAUUCUAGAAGACAUUUACAGAUAAACCGACGAAGAUUCACUGAAUGAAAAGUGUAGAAUAGUACGUUAAGAUUGUUGAAUGUCGAGCAACGAGUGCAGCCGGAGGAGCAACGUAGUAUUUAAGAAAAAUGCAAGAAUUCCAUGCAACUGUGGAUGGGAAGUGAGAUUCGGUUACGGUGUCGCGGUUACGUUGGCCAUCUUCGAGGCUAAACGUUUUUUCAUGUUGAUCCUGGAGAUAUUUGCCGAAUGGCAAAUCAUUCGAUUCGCAGGUGGUCUACGACCAGUCAUAUUUACGUUAAUAAACGUCAGCUUGGGUUUACCGACUGCUCUAAUUACUGUCCGCAGUAUACGAUCACGAAAAGUACCACGCUGCUGCGCGGAAACAAGACGAACGCUAAAAUGCUUGUUAAUAGUGAUCGCGAUAUGCGCCAUAAUGAACGCGGCUACUCUGGUCUCCAUAGGAUAUCACAUGAACGUCAGGCAAGAAACGUUAAUCGACAUUUUCAACAAUUCGAUGCAAUUGUACGUGAGUGCAUCGUCUUACAAGUACGCGCUCGACGAGAUACAAUUCAUCUUUCAAUGCUGCGGCCAUUCCUCCUACACAGAUUGGUUUCUCUUUGACUGGCAGGUGAAUCCACCAUUCAAAGAUGGUAACUCAAAGCACGGUAUAACAAGUGUGAACGGAAUAGUUUAAGAAUAUUGAAUAACGUAAAUAGUAUCAGAAAAAUAUUCAACGAUCAGGGAGUAGACUAUGCUUCGCGAGAUGAAAUGGCUGUACAAAGUCCAGUAUCUGACGAAGAAUAUAGAGACCGAAGUGUCCCGUUUAGUUGCUGUAA